GGUACCUCGUGAGCAAGGAGUUCACCCAGCUUAACAUCCUGCAGAAGAUACCCAUCCUCAAGGAUGGUGACUUCGUCUUGAGUGAAAGCACCGCCAUCUUGAUUUACUUGAGCUCUCGGUACCAGACGGCAGACCACUAGUACCCAUCUGAACUCCGGGCCCGUGCUCGCGUCCACGAGUACCUGGGCUGGCAUGCUGACUGCAUCUGUGGCACCUUUGGCGUGCCCUUGUGGACUCAGGUGUUGGCACCACUCAUUGGAGUCUGUGUGACUGAGGAGAAGGUGGAACGCAACAAGGCUGCCAUGGCCCGGGCACUGCAGCAGCUGGAGGACAAGUUCCUGGGGGACUGGGCCUUCCUCAACAGCCAGCAGGUGACGCUGGCCGACCUCAUGGCACUGGAGGAGCUGAUGCAGCCUAUAGCUCUUGGGUGUGACCUGUUUGAGGGACGGCCAAAACUGGCAGCAUGGCGUGAACGAGUGGAGGCUUUCUUGGGUACUGAUCUGUGCCAGGAGACCCAUGGCCCCAUCUUGAACAUCCUGAAGCAGGUGGCCAACAAAACAGUCCCACCACCCCCACCAGAAAUCUACCCAUAUAUGCUAUUUCGUAUUUCCAGGAUCCCCUGAGGAGUCUGGAAUAGGGACUGAUGGCUGGAGUCCAGGAGA